AGUGCGUUAGUGUCUUUCUGUAAACCCUACAAGCUUCCCAAGAUAUUUGACACAUACCGCAAAUGUGUCUCUGACGUUAACCUAGCAGUGUGUAGGUGUCACAGAGUCGCUGUCAACUUGUAAACCUAGCGGGUUAGCCGGAUGGCUAAUGAAAAUGAACUGUUAUGCAUUGUCGGACAAUCAGUUAGUGUUACUCCGGCUAAUGCUCCUUUUAGCCAUCUUGCUGCCACUGACAUCACUCCGUGCGCUGACGACAUGACAUGUCUGCAUAACUUUUUACUAAUGGACAUUUAAUUACUAUAAAAUCUCACUAUGGACAGCGAACGCAGCAAUUGCAGGCCCCAGAUUGGAGACAAUAGCAAGCUAACCCAGCUAGCAAGCUGUCGUCGUUGCUGAGCUUGCUAAGGCUGUCCUGCCUGUAUGUCUGGAGCCGCAUUGAAAACGUCGAGGUGCCUGCACCAUGGAUCAGGAGGAUAACACAGACCAAAUCACAGCAGCUUGUAGCCAACAGAUGUUCUGCAACCAAGACCCAGAGUCAGCACCUCAGCAGUCCAGCCCCAGCUCCAACAUAAUGUCUUCAGAUUCCAGAUGGGCGAGCAGCAGCACUGAAGACAUCGACCUAGUCAUAACUGAGGAUGGGUUCAGUAAUGGUUGCGAAGCUGAGACUAUGGUAGCAUUACACUGUCCUGGUGACAGCAGUGAUGCAGCUGUUGAAGGUGACCACCUGUCAAUGAGCAAUGAUGGUAUGUCAGAGUUUUCUAACAGUGACUUGUCACUGCCUGAGGUCUGCAUCUCUACCAACAGCAAUAGCUACGAGGAGAAUAUGAACUAUGAGAUCCAGCAAGCUUAUAAGAUAUUCACUGGCUUUCUCUUGGACAAGUACAAAGGGGUCACCAGCCCAUUUCUUCAACCCAUUGGCCACCAGGAGGCCCAACAUGGUAUUGGAGGGGUCCGGGGUCGGGGUCAGUCACAGCUCAAGCAGUCGAUGUGCUUGCGGAGGAUGCAAGAAAGGUUUAUCAGCCAGGAGUAUGAGACCAUAACUGAGUUUGUUGCAGACUUCAGGCUGAUGUUGGAGAACUGCUAUCGCUACCAUGGGGUGGACCACUGGGUCUCCAAACAGGCUCAAAAGCUGGAAAUCAUGCUGGAGCAGAAGCUCACAUUGCUCUCUAGGACACUUAGAGAGAAGACGACUUUGGCAGUGACUUCUAAAGGACGUUUUGGUGCAGAGGAAGAACGAGGUUCAGGGGGAACCUCCACAAGGAGGAGAUUGGCACCUCGUAGCUUGGCUACCAUCACUGUUGGUGGUCAUGAGUCUAUUAUGGUCCAGACCCUACGCCAGGAAGAGCAACAGAGGGUCAAGGAGGAGAAGAGGCAACGUGAGCUUGAGAAAAAAGAAGCAGAAGAAAUGUCAGCCAAGGAGGUGGAAGAAUGGGAGCAGAGCUUGCUGUCAGAGGCUUCCCCGCACACUGUGGACACCCUGUGGGAACUCCCUGCUAUAGGGCACUUCCUCUGCCUGGCUCAGACUGCCCUCAACCUUCCUGAGAUUGUAUUUUUUGAACUGGAGCGCUGUUUGCUAAUGCCCCGCUGCAGCCAUCUCCUCUCUAAAAUCAUGUCUUCCCUACUGUCCCCAUCACAGAGGCGGGCCACUCUGAACCGCCGGCCUGCCCUGCCUUACCGUCGCUGGGAGUCAGAGCUCAGGCAGCGGGUCAUGGGCUGGUAUCGAGCUGUUGGUGGCGCCCGCGAUCAGCCAGCUCGGGCUGAACAGCUGGGACUCUGCCACCAGUUUUUCAGCACCAUGGGGGAGGUGAGUCCUUUGGAGGAAAAACCCUUUCACUUGCUGCCCUUCUAUCAGCGAGUGUGGCUUCUGAAAGGGCUGUGUGAUCAUACAUAUGAGACACAGAAGGAUGUGCAGGUUGCUGUACUGGCGCAGCCCAUCCAUGAAUGUAGGGAGUCUAUUUUGGGCUAUGACAGCAAGGAGAAUGCCUAUAUACAUUUCCCACAUUUCUGCGGAGCAGACCUAAGGAUCUACUGCCAGAGCCCCAGCACACCCCCAGCUUUUCCUUUCCCUUCUAUAUGGGUCAAAAAGGUUGAAAUAGAGCCAGGGACAGAGGGUGAAGAGUCGGAUGUAAUGAAGGAGGAGGGGGAUAAAAGGGACAUGGGAUCUUGUGCAGGCUCCAUAGACACAGGAGAGUCUGAUGGUUUUGGGAAGGGGAAAGCACAGACAUUUGGAUUUUUAAAAAGGGAAAAUGGGAAUGGUGAGGAAGAUGAAGAAAUGUUUAAAUCGCGGUCACUGAAGAAGGAAGAGGGUUCUGAAUCAGGUUCCUCUGAUAAAGACUCCUGUGAGGACUCUGAAUUGGACUUAAAAAUUCCCAAUAACUCCUUGUUACUUUCACACACAAGUCCUACUGGAGGAAGUAGUGUGAAAACUAAUUUGAAGGAAGAGACUGUUGCGUUUGAGCAUCAAUCCAAGAGACCUGCAGUAAAACGAGGGCAGCAUUUCUCAUUGGGCUCAGUGCGCACCAUUAAAGCAGAGACACAGGAUCCCUGUCUGAGUGUGGGGGAGCACAGCUACACAGGCAGGUCCCCUGCUCGCUCUGUGAAUCAGGCCUCCCCUACCAAAGCAGUGGGGAGUCACAGUCAGGGACACCAAAGGUCUUUCUGUUUGGACUGUUGUAUAAACAAAACUAGUGAUGUUAAAUCUGAGCAGUACGGCUGCUGCUGUGGCACAUCAGGGCUGGCAUCACAGUUGUCUUCUGAAAGCACUCAAAACUCAAGUGAAGAGAGGGUGGCUGACAGAAUCUGGGCAAAAAAAAAAAAGCGAAAGAAAAAGCGAGGGAAGGAACAGCUGCCGGGGGUGAAAGGAGAUCACGGGCAGCUGCAGCACGUGGACAGGAUGAGCCUGUCCCCAGCUGAGGCCGCCAAGUCUGCAGUGCGGAGAGUUAACACAACGAUCAAGAGAAAAGACAAGAAGAAAAAACAUAAAGCAGGAAAAAAGCUUGAAUCUUCAAAGAAAAUUAAAGAUGAACCUCCAGUUGAGCCAUCAUUUAAGUUGGUAUGCACCAGUCUUGAACAGUUGCGUGAGCUGAUCAGUAAAACAGAAGAUGAGCUUGAUGACCUGGAGAGCACCAAAAAGAGACUGGGUCGGUGGUAUUAUAGGAGAGAAGCAGUGAAAGACCUCCACAGCACUCUAAUCAGACUACUGAAUGAGCUUUCACCCUGGGAACCCAAACUUGUUAAGGCCUACCAAAGGAACAGGCUUCGUUUGAAGAAGGAAUUUCAUGAUUUCAAGAAGAAUCCAGAGUACAAUAACUUUGUCCGUGAGGAGUGUAUGUCGUCAUCAUCAUCAGAUGAUGAUGAAGAGAGAGGUUUAGGGAAGGAAGCGUGUUCACUGUCGGAUCAUUAUAGAAGAUCAGAAGAAGAAGACCUGGAACAUGUAGUUCCCAGAGGUCUUUGGACUGGAGCAAGCACCAGGCAGUUUGUGGCUGAGUCUGCUGGAGAGAGAACGGUGACUUGUAUAACUCCCAACCACCUAAGACACCCUCUGACCAGCACAGAGAAAGGCAUCAGUCUACUGCCAAGAGUUCAGGCUGGCAGCAGUAACAUUACUUCUACCCCUGACUCUGGAUCACAGUCUAGCUCAGAAAUUAUCCCAUCAAAUCAAUCCAGGGAUUCAGACUCGGCAUGGACAGCAAAGGUGUCGGCCCAGACUUCAUUGUCACACAAACUCCCCAUUCUUCACCCCACCACUGGACUACCUAAGGGCUACACGCCCAUUCCCACCCUGCUGGCUAAGAGUGUGGGAAACAAAGUGACCUUAAUGAAACGGCCUGUUGAUUUUCCAGCAGUCAACAAUGUAGAUGGACAGAGCAAAGGGUCUCCAGUCUCCCUGACUACCGCAAAACUUUCAGAAGCACAAAGUUCUCCAUCCAGUUCCCAGCAGAACUUACAACAACUGCAGGUACAAGGACUUCAACAGACACAAGUACUUAGACAGCCAGGAAUGGCCACAGUGACGGCAGCUCUUUCUAAAUCACCACAGGCCAAACCAACCCAGACUGUACCAAAAAGUCCUGUCCAAGUGGUCUACAAGGUCCCUGAAGGGCUGGGUCACCUUGUAAGGAAAGACAACAGCAGCCCAGUCAAGAUCUCUGUUCAUCCUGUCCUGGACCAGAACACUGGGGAGAAGAUCAUGCAGCAAGUAGUGAUUCUGCCUUCUAAACUUCUGAUUCACAACAACGAAGAAAAGGUCUCUUCUUUACAUCAACAACAAUCUAAGGGCAUUCAGGUCCCAGUUUCUAAAGUGACCAGCCCCUUAUGUAUGUCUACCAAUGUGCCUGGGUUCACUAUUCCUGAAAACAGAAUCCCUGUUCAGCAAGUGGCUCCACUAAAAGAUCCCAGGACAGUGAGGACCCCUUCUCCUACUGUUUCCCCUCGAUUGCAGCAUGGCACUCUAAACACACCAGGGUUCAAGGGGACACAAUUCUGUAGUCCCGAAGCAAGCACACCACAGGGUGGUAUGCCAAACCCCUCAUCCAUCACAACUCCUCCCAGUGCAGUUUCUACUGAGCCUGUUAAGUCUGCAGACCCUAAACAGGAGCUUAAGACUGUGUGUAUUCGUGACCAUCACCAGUCCAUCCUUGUAACAACUAGAGGAGGCAACACAGGCAUUGUCAAAGUCCAGACAUCCUCAGACCAGAGUGCCCUUGGUUGUUUGCCCACCAGUCCAGUUAUCACCAUCUCACCUCAAUUUAAAGCCUUUCUUGUAUCCAAGUCGUCAUCAACCUCUCCUUCUGCUCCUUCUCACACUUCCCCUUGUACCAUCCCAGCAGUGACAAGUAUCUCAGUAGCCCAGCCUCAUAAGCAGGUUUGUUCAGUAUUAAAGUCUCCUUCCACUGUUACAACUCCAAUUGUCACUGCCCUUACUGGUGGCAUUCCUGUUCCAGGGCCAGGAAACCAGACUUCAGGAACAACUGUUGCCUUAAAUCAAGGCUCCAACACUUCAUCUGGUUCUAAGUUUGCAACAAAGAUUAGCCAGCUUGCACCGACAGCAGCUGCUGGUUCUCAUUUUCAAGCUUCAGUAGUAAAAAACACUGUUGUUGUCCCAUCACUGAGUAGUUCUAGUGUUCCUCAAGUUCUCCCACAAUCUGAGUUCAUCUGCAAGCCUGGGGUGAAACGGGCCAGCAGCACAGAUGAGAGAUCCCAGGUUACUAAAUAUAUUCUGGUUACCCCCUCUUCUUCCUCUGCCUCAAAUGUAGCUGUAUCAAAAGACACACUUUCCUCCACAAAAUCACUUCCUAGUUCAAGAGUCAUGUUCAUCAGCCAGCCCACAGCAACAUCAUCCACCACCUUCGUUGGAAGUAUUCCAAAGCAAGCAAUAGCGACAGGGGCUGGCGGACAGCUACUGACCACCUCAUUAUCAAGUGAAACUCCGCUGAUGGGAUUAAACCAAGGACAUCCUGUUGGUGGUAUCAACUCAGAAGCAUUGUCCAAAGUCAAUAACAUCACCUUGCCCACAGGGCUUCAAAUCCAGUUGUCAGGAAAGACAACAACCAUUGGACAGACCAUUGGUGCCCUCUCACGUUCCCCUUCUAAAAGUACACCAGUGUCUGUCCCAGCAGCCGCCACCACACGACUGGUCCCGGUCACAAGUUUAAAUACAAUCUGUCCUACCCAGCUUACUUCCCACACUUCUCUGACCAGCAACUCUCAGCUACAGGGUAUCCCUUCUUUUACUAUGAUCUCCCAACCAGGCUUUUCCACAUCCACUGCUGCCACACCUGCAGGAAACAUGAACAAGAAGGAUCUUGGUCUGCCCACAGGUAUACUCUCCAGCAACUCUUCUGCUCAGGUAACCACUACUGUGCAGAGUAGCCCAACCCAAAUGUCCACAACCAACCUUGUUCGUCAGCCCCCAAAUAUCCAAACCAGCAUUGGCGAGGAAACAACUUCCAUCUCAUCUUCCUCUCACUUUCCUCUCAAUAAAACCCAAACACAAAUCUCCUCGGCAGCAACCAUCAGUACCCCAUUCACCACCUCUGCGACUGGCACGAUUCAGCAGAGGAUACUCAUUAACACCUCUACACCCCUUGCUGCUGGUACACAGAUCCUCCUUAACAAUACUCGCUUUGUAGUCCCUCCCCGGGGUUUAGGUCCAGGUAACCAUGUUCUCAUCAUCUCUAGCCCUACACCACAACAAGUGCCUAGCGCCAGUGCUACUAGCAUUGGAGCAGCAGUACCUCCCCAAGGGGCAAGCUCUGUCACUGUAGCUCCUCGAGCACCAGUUUUACCCCAGUCCCCAGCCAGGCUGCCUGGUGUGCCAGCCAUAAGUUCUCCUUUUGUAGCAUGCACACCUGCUGUUGGUCCGUCAUUGCUAGCAAACACUCCCAAUGUCAUGCCAGUUCAACUACCAGGAACACCUGGUAAGUGGUCCCCAGUGGUAACCAGUGCCUCUGGUCUUGGCUCAGCGCUGGCGCCAAUCAGGUUAGCUGCUGGUGCACCCAGGCGAGCUGAAUGUUCAUCCACUUUUUCACCUGAAGUAGCCCCCUUUCUGCCCAGAUUGUCAGCAACUCUAGCAUCUUUGCCUGUUUUACCCAGCCCAUCAGCCCUUUCCUCAACCCCAGCCCCUGUGAUAGCGAGCACACCACAUUUGCAUUCUCUUCCUGCUCAGCAAGAGGUUUCAGUGACAACCCUGGGUCCAGGCAUACAGCCCCAGCAGACAGCAGUUCGAAUUGCAGCACCCUCCACUGCUCCUUCACAGUUUUUGACAAAUAUGGGCCUUGGAUUCACAACAGUCAAAAAACAAGCAGUCAUGCAAUCUGUGUUUGCUGGCACACGGACACAAGUAUUGCCAACAGUGGCUGUCCCUCCAAUUGUAAGCACAGUGUCAAGGAUGCAGACGCUGCCCAUUGCUACAGUACCACCAAUCGGAAGCACUGUCAGCAGCUUUGAAACCGCACCUGUGGUGACCACAACUCCAUGCUGCAACACUGUAAUAAUAACUCCAGCUCAACCAAUCACAUCACUGAAGACAAACAACACCAUCCACCAACCCGUCGUUCUGACCAAUCAAGCACUGGGAAAACACUCUCUGCAGACCUCAGCUUUAGGUAUGCAUACCAAUGUAGCAUCCAAGCUACUCAUUAGUCCUGAUGGUGCUGUUUUGAGCACAGUUCAGUGCCAGGUCAAUCCCGCAGAGUUGACCGCCUGCCCCAAACCACUGGCUGCACUGGUAGUUUCACCCAACAGUUCCACUGGAGCACUACACACACAUGAUUCCUCUUUACAGCCUUCCCAGGCAGAUACAAAGUGAAACCAAUGAACUGAGACCAUGAGACAGCUACGUGAGGACUGAGACACUUCUCAGCUGCUUGUUUUGGCAGGGCUCAUAUUCAUCACUUGUAGUACUCUUGGGGUUGUUAAAGAACUGUUUUCCAGCUGAAGUUUAACUCAACCUAAAUUUAAGAUACAGUAGGUCAUACCCUCUGGUUAGACGAUCUUAUAAGUAAGCUGUGUGCUCAAACAGACUGGAAAUGUAUACUGUGAUGAUUGUUUUCUAAAUUGAAAACUAUUGAGGAUGCCCUCAGAUGAAUGUUGUAGACUCAAGACUUUUUAAAAUUUUAUUUCAUGGCCAGUAUUGACAACUGUUAUAAAAAUCAGUAGCGUGAGAGGGUAGAAAAAAUGGAUUUCAACUCAAGUUUUUGUAAUACUUUUCAAUGCUACUAGAUACUGCUUCAAGUGGUAACUAUUGGGAUACUAUUCAUUGGUACACCUUGCUUUACUUAACUGUCUGUUUGAACAGUACAACUGUUAUCACCUUUUUUUUUCAACUAGUAACAGUUUGAAAACUACAUCUUACUUUUUAGAAAUAUAAAUAAACUAAUAGAAUAAUUUGUACUACAUGUUUGAGCCCAUAUAAAAUGUUUUGAAGUCGCAUUUAUUUAUUUUUACCAUAUAGAUUUUUCAAAAAUAUUUACUAGGUACAUUUUCAUUGAACAAAUGUGGACGUUACUGCACGAAAAUAAACAAUGCAACUGUCCC